AUGCCUCCUGCCCCACCCAACGAGCCUCAGUGGCCUCCUCGAUCCCCUCACGAUGUUCUCGCCAGUACACCAGGCGGCCGCGACCGCCUACGACGUCUCGCCAAUCGAACAUCACCUUCUCCGUCGCCGCUGAGGAGGGGACGUGCAAACUCGACGCUGUCAGCGCGGUCCUUGAACCUACAAGACGAGAUGGACGACCACGAGGACGACGAUGACGACGAGGAAACGCUUCAGUUGAAGUUGCAGGAGAUCCAGGCCAGAUUGAGAUUGAAAAAGUUGCAGAGCGCAAAGGAGCGAACGGUGGGUGCUGUGUCUCCCCGGCGUAGAUCACCGCCACCGCAACAGUCAAGACCGACAUCAAUAGGCCUAGUGCUCGGCGCAAGUCGAGCGCCUGCGAGACCCGAAUCGCAAGCUGCGGUCGAAGUGCCCGUGUCUCCCAUACGGAAGAUGCAGCCACCACAGCCACAGGCAUCGCCUAGUCGGGUCUUGUUAGGCAUUGACAAAGGGCUCAAGGGCAAAGAUGUCUCGUUGAAACGAGCACCAAGUGUGUUGCGCAGGAACGCGAACUCCCAAGACGGUCAGCAGCAGUUUGGCGGCUACCUCCAAAGGUCAAGGACUCCGGCAUUGCAGACCGCGAACGAAAUACAACGGCCCUUAAGUUUUAACGAGAGGCUAGCCGCAGCGAGGACGCAAGAGGUUGACCGCCAGGACUUGAGAGACAGAGUCCGGCAGGCCAGGUCUGGGGCUUUUGAGAUUGGACAGAAGGAGAUUGACCAGUUCAAAGAGACGGCAGUCGAUCUUCCGGAGCAGCUUGACCCUACGCCGCAGUUCAGCAGAGACGAUAUCCUGGGUGCUAAAGCCAAACCCGAACACGGACCCAGGAUACUCAACGAUACACCUACCCUUUCGGCACCAGCGCCAAAAGACACCAAUGACCCGCAGGGCCUUUACGAGCCUCCACCCGACUGGAUGAUGGCUGGGAAGAAAUCUAAGGUGGCACCCGCAGAUGUGCCCGAGUCAGAAGCAUCGGCUUUCGAGCCAUACUCCAGCUUCCAUCUCUCGCAGCGCAUUCUUCCGCAUCAGGUCUUGACAAGGACCUUGUCCGGAAAGAAGAUCUUCAAAAUGCCAGAAUUACUGCGCAAAGUCAAGGGCCCCGAAUUUCAGCUUCCAGAUAUCGAACAAGACAUUGUUGUGUUUGCCAUUGUCGCAAAAAAGUCGGAACCCCGCCAACACAAGCCUCGACCAGACCAAAACGGGAAGCAAUCAGAUAGAGGGAAGUACAUGGUCAUCACACUCUGUGAUCUUAAGUGGGAGCUCGAAUUGUUUCUCUUUAAUACGGGGUUCACCCGAUUCUGGAAACUCACCGAAGGCACGGUAUUGGCUAUUUUGAACCCAACAAUCAUGCCACCGCCAGUAGGCCGCGAGGCCACCGGAAAGUUCAGUCUAGUGAUCAACUCUGAUGCAGACACCAUCAUGGAGAUCGGAAAGGCUCGCGACUUGGGGUUUUGUAAAUCCAUCAAGAGGGACGGGGGCUUCUGCAACUCGUGGGUCAACAAAAAGAGAACCGAGUUCUGCGAAUUCCAUACCAACGAGGCCGUCACCAAACAACGAGCGACGCGCAUGGAAGUAAAUUCGAUGGACUUUGGUGGUAUCGGAAAGAGGCAUCGAUGGAACUCUCACGAUGUUCGGAAACCAGAACCGGAACAAAAGCAGGGCAAAUACGACCGGGAAACACACAGCCACUGGUUCGCCACGAAAUCAAUGAGCUCUGCGCAACUCAUUGACGGAGCCCAAUCGCUUGCUGACCGGAGAGAAAAGGAAGAAGGGCUGAAAAGGCGGAUGCUUGCCCAGGAACGCGAGAGGGGAAUCAUGCAGCGUCUCAGCAAAAUAGGCGCCGGCGCCGGGAAGGAAUACAUGACGCAGUCGGAACGCACCCGCAACGCCGCGUCUGCGUCUGCCCUCUCUUUAUCUGCUCCGUCGACCAGCGUGGCCGAGGAGCGACAGCGUGUCGACGCGAGGAAUAUGGGUCUGAUGGCCCCCAGGAGUAAGGAACUGGCGAUUCAUCUGAGCCCGAUCAAACGGAAGAGGCCCCAGAGCGCGCAAUCCAGCUCCUCGGUCGGUGCAUCUUCCUCGGCCGCGACAGGGUCGAAAGGUGGUUUCGGCUGGGGCGGCAACCUCAAGGAUAAGCUGGCCAAGAUGAAGGACGGCGACAAGUUGAGCAAUGACAAGCCGCCGGUGCGAAAGAAGACGAGGUUUGUGACAGAGAAGGGGAUCCGCGAGGCCGGGAGGGAGAGUCUGGGAAUGGACCUGCCGCAGCAGUCGAUUUCUUUUGAAGAUGACGACGAUGACGAUUUGAUUAUUGUGUGA